UGCCCUUAACUCCUAAUUAACCAGCGCCGUUAUCGAGGGGUAAAAUUAACAAUUCCCUAAGCUCGUGCAUUGUUAGCUAUUCAUGAAGCCAGUGGUUUUUCCUGCUGCGACGUCUUGUCUAGCCGGUGAUAAACAGUCUUCAGGGCCAGAGUAAAGGUUGUCGAGAAAUACGGCGGGAAAUUAUGGCCGCAUAGCCUAGUGGAGCGCCUGACGGUGAUGUUAAAAUGAAAGAUGUCUUUCGCUUUAGAUCUAGGGUCAGUUGAUGAUGAUGAAAAUGAGUUAAAGGGUCAGAGGAUGACAAGGUGGAAAUUUUCAUUUUAUACCAGCACCAGAAUCUUACUGCCAGUGUCGGUGACUGAAGCUUGAACUGAAAAGUCAUGUUGUGGAAAAGGCUGAUUAACUGGAUAAAGGGACAUAACUCUGUCACAAUAUUGGCGAGGCUUUGCUAUCCUGGUGAAGCUAUUUCUAACAAUAAAAGAUUUUGUGGAGACAGCUUUGGGAGCACUUUACACACAUGGGUGACUCUGCAAAGUUCAGGUUUGUUUUCAGUGUGCCCAAGACAAUUACAAACUUUUUGUGCCCUUGGUUACGAAUGUGUAACGCAUUCAUCACUUCGACGGGAGACCCACAGUGCUACAAGAUUUGUCUCCCCUUCGUCACAUGGCUCAAGAAUACGGAAACAAUAUACUGAAGAAAUUCAGCAGGUUAUUGAAGAGAAUGUGGACAAAAUCGAACGCUUCGCUAGUGUUCUGAAUUGCUCCUUGUCUGAAGUGAAAUCCUUGGUUGAAAUGGACACUCGUUUGGUCACAUCGUUUUCGGAACAAAAAGUCCUUGAAACAAUUAAAAGUCUGAAGAGCUAUGGCUUCCUUACACAUGAAAUUCUUAGUUAUCCACCUGUAUUUUGCCUCAGCAUACAAUCACUGCAAACACGACUCAAACAAAUGGAAGAGGUGCGAUGUAACAAGAUUUACGUGCUGAAAUUUGGGCCCAAGAAAUUUCGAGAAAUGUUGGAGUAUUUUCGGGAAGAAAAGAAAGUGAUGAAGAGUUUUCUGUCUCGCGAGACUUAUUUAGCUGUUUUGUUCAGUGUUGAAGAGACAGAUAUUAUUGAAGCAUCCAUAAGAUAUCCACACCUUGAAAACUAUGCGGUGGCUAGAUUGACCCAGGCUUAUAAUCUACUUCGAGAGUACGGGUUUUCACAGGGAGACAUUUGGGAAGAUCUUGACACACUUUUGUUGCCUCCCGCAGAGCUGAAAUCAAGACUGGACAGAAUGAAUUCAGUGGGGAAACUGAACAAAGCUAGUGUCUUCCCUCAUUUGCACUAUAAUGGGAAGGACCAAUUUGAUAGAUCCGUCCAGGUUUGGACUGAAGACCAAACUGCCCUUGAUGGGCACGCAGACAAAGUCAGUUACUUGAGUGCUCGUUUGCAGUGCAGCCCUGCGGAAAUCGAAUCUAUGUUCAUUCGAUACAAAAUGCUGAAGCCGCUGCGGCCAAGAAGAUGGAAAGCUGUCUUAGAUAUUCUUUUAGAUGACAUGGAAAUGCAACCAAUGCACAUACUGUCUAAACCAGUGAUCCUGGGAUACAGUGCUAAGCGCUUACGGCACCGAUGUCAAAUAUUACGAGAUAAUGGUAUCAGAGACCCAAAAGCUGUGAAAGCUUAUUUGUUAAUGACAGAGAAAAAGUUCGACAGCAAGUUCAGCCAAGUAGUUUUGUGAUGUCAGUUUGAAAAACUCCUCUGAUAAUUAAUUACGUUUGACACAAGAAAGAAAAUAAUAACUAACCAAUGUUGGAAGAUGCUGGCAUCUCCAUGAACAAAAGUCAGAAGUGUUCAGUUGAUUUUCUUUUUAUUAUUUAUAUA